CUCUUCCUUUUUCCUCUUUCGCUUUUCGAAGAAACUCCCAAUUUUCCCAAUCAUGAACGGAACGAAACGUUUUGGCGUGCCCGACUCGAACCCCGACACGAACGACUCGGCCUAAAUUGUAGGGACAAGUGUAGAAUAUUAACCCCAGUUAUCCACUUUGGUGUUAUUUUGAGCAAGACUGAGAAAAUGAAGUGAAGGAAACCGGGAAGUAAAACAAUGGCGAAGGACAGAAUCAUCUCAGCAGUUGACAUCAACAACUACGUUGGAUAUGCAGCAGGCUAAGUCAUCUCGGCAGCAUGUGAGAGCUCUAAAUACCCAGUUUGCAAGUUGGGUGCAAACACAAUUGAAGAACCAUCCUGAUGAACUUUGGGAAGAUGGUGUCCGGGACUACCUAGCUCAUGCUUCGAACAUUAUGGAGAAGUUUAGUGAUGUUGUCAACUGGCUUAAAGUAAAUGCAGCAAAAGGGGGUAGCUUGUCUGGUGCGGAAUCUCGAACCGCUGAAAAUAAAAUGGUGCCUGAAACCAAGAAUAGUGGGAUAAAUUUACCUCAAGAGAAAGCUGGAUUUAGUCCAUCGGGUACCACAAGCUUUCCAACAUCAUGGGGUGCUGGAGUAUUCUCCAAUAGUCAAAGCUCUGGGUUUACUCCUUUGAGCACACCGACACCAUUUGCAACUUCAUUGAGCUCUGGAGUAUUUUCAAAUAGUCAAACCCCUGGGUCUACUCAAGCAGGAACAGCUACACUGUUUUCAAAUUCAUUUAAAUCAGGAGUAUUUUCGAACAGUCAAAACCCUGGAUCUUCUCUAGCAGGAACAACCACAACCUUUGCAAAAUCAUUGAGCUCUGGAGUAUUUUCAAAUAGUGAAACCUCUAGAUCUACUCCAGCAGGCACAACCACAACUUUUGCAACUUCAUUGAGCUCUGGAGCAUUUUCAAAGAGUCAAAGCCUUGGGUUUACUACCGCGGGUACAACUGCAAGCUUUGCGACUUCAUGGAGCUCUGGAGUAUCUUCGAACAUUCAAACUCCUGUCUUGUUUGGUGGGAGUCAAAGUUCAGUCACUGCUAUUCAAAGUUUGGUUCCCACAAACCGUGAUGCUUCAGACGAAGCAGAUGGUGAAAAUGAGUUGGAGCAGCCUAGCAGCCCAUCUGUGAAAAAAUCUGAAGAGAAGGGUAUAGUUGUAGUUCAUGAAGUCAAGUGCAAGCUUUAUGUAAAGCCAAGUGAUCCAGCAGAUAGAGAUGCAUGGAAAGAUAAAGGCAUGGGGCAGCUUUACAUUAAAUGCAAAGAGGGUGUCGACAAGGGUACAAAAGAAUCCAAACCAACCAUUGUUGUUAGAAAUGAUGUUGGGAAACUGCUGCUUAAUGCUUUGCUGUAUCCUGGCAUCAAGACAAAUUUACAGAAGAACUCCGUUGUUGCAAUAUUCCAUUCUUUGGGCGAUAAUGAUGGAAAUGAUGGUGGCAAUAAUAGCGUCGUUGCACGUACCUUCUUAAUUAGGACAAGAACCGAGGAGGAUCGAAAUAAGCUGGCAACAGCCAUUCAAGAGUAUGCCCCUGCACCAUGAAAACUACUGUAAGCAGCAGCUUAUUGUAUGGCAUGGAGCUUCAACAAUGUAAUGUUAACCUGGGUGAUAGCUCAUUUUUCCUCAUAAAUUACCUUCUAAAUUUUGCAAGGGGGUGGCUUGUCAGCCAGUUUUCUUUUGGGACUCCAGAACCAAGUGGGGAAAUUCUUUUGUUUUCCUUCUUUUUUGUUAGUCUCUAUGAAUAUAUAUGCAUUUAAGAGGCCACUGUACUUGUACCAUAAGAGAGGAAUGAAAGUGAUGUUUUGCUGCAAAA